AUGGACAAAACAUUUUCAGUCACCGUCGAGCCAUCCCCAAGUCCCUCGGACCUGGAAUACGGAGAAGUCAAGCACACCACCAAAAGAGCUCUCAAAUCACGUCAUGUUCAGCUCAUUGCCCUAGGAGGGUGCAUCGGAACAGGUCUGUUCAUUGGAUCCGGAACUAUCUUAUCGAGUUCAGGUCCCGGCAGUAUGUUGUGUGCCUACAUUGUCAUGUCCUUUGUCAUUUGGACUGUCAUGAACGCACUAGGGGAGAUGACUACAUUUCUUCCCAUCGACGGAGCAAGUCCUCCCAUGUACGUGAACAGAUUUGUGGACGACUCGUUGGCAUUCGCAUGUGGCUGGAACUAUUGGUAUGCAUAUGCUAUCCUUGUCGCUGCAGAAGUCACCGCUGCAGCCAUUAUUUUCGAGUAUUGGACCUCUGCUGUGCACUCUGCAGUAUGGAUCACUAUCGUUCUCGUCACCUGUGUCUUGUUGAAUAUCAUCGCUGUUGCCAUAUUCGGCGAGACAGAGUUCUGGUUUGCGUCCAUCAAAAUCAUUGGUAUUCUGGGAUUAAUUAUUGUUGGAAUCGUCAUCUUCUUCGGUGGAGGACCUAAACAUGACAGACUAGGCUUCCGAUACUGGAAGGACGGCAAGGCGUUUCUGCCUUACAUCAUUGAUGGUGCGGGUGGACGAUUCUGCGGCUUCUGGAGUGCUAUCAUUCGAAGUGGGUUCUCUUUCAUUCUUAGUCCCGAGCUGGUAACUAUUUCUGCUGGAGAAACUGAGGCGCCCCGAAGAAACAUCCCCAAAGCAACCAGACGAUUUGCUUAUCGUCUUAUCUUCUUUUACAUCUGCGGCUCUCUGGUAAUUGGAACCAUUGUGUCAUCAGAUGACCCCCUUCUGCUCAACAAAAAGAAUGAAGAUGCCUCUGCCUCGCCUUUUGUCAUUGGAAUCCAAAAUGCAGGUAUCCCCGUUCUCAACCACAUCAUCAACGGUGUUAUUCUGACCUCUGCCUGGUCCUCUGGAAACUCCUUCCUGUUUGCAGGCUCGCGAACACUCUACUCCCUAGCCUGCCAGGGAGAGGCGCCUCAAAUUUUCACAAAGUGCUCCAAAAACGGUGUUCCUUACUACUGUGUAGCCAUCACAGCUGCUGUUGGCUGCCUGGCCUUCCUUAACGUCUCCGCCUCCUCCGCUAACGCCUUCAACUGGCUUUCCAACCUGUCCACAAUUUCGGGCUUCUUGGCUUGGAUCUGCGUGCUUAUUGCUAUGCUUCGAUUCCGAAAGGCCGUUGCCUUCAACGACAUCACGCUUCCAUUCAAAACCCCAGGACAGCCCUACACGACUAUUGUUGUUUUGGCCUUUAUUUCCCUCCUUACUCUGACGAACGGAUUCACUGUAUUUGUUGGAGGAUCCUUCACCGGCGCUGAUUUCGUUGCGGCUUACAUCACAAUCCCUCUGUUCCUCGUCCUCUACCUUGGACAUCGAUUUGGCUACAAGAGAGCAGGCCUUAAGACCACCUGGUGGAGAUCGAUCCCCGAAAUCGAUAUGGUCUCAGGUCUCGCAGAGUGCGAGAAGACUGAGCUACUGACUCCAGAGCGAAAGCCGCGAAAUUGGCUUGAGAAGGUCUGGUUCUGGAUCGCUUAG